GCAGGAUUCCGUACUGUUAUUCUCUCGUAGUGCACUAUGUAGGGAGUAGGGGGCCGUUUGAGCCUCAGCCCUCGCCGCGCUGCUGUGACCAGGGCGAAGUCUGCAGCCAAUCAGAAGCUCCCAUCGGUUUGAACGGAGAGCGGUUCGCUGAGGGAAGAUGGCGAUUGUUUCUGUAGCGGCUCGGUUUUCUGUUUAGUUCCAUGAAAACGGCGACAAACCGCGACUUUACUCAACUGCUCAAAGUGCCUCUGAAGGAAACCCGUUUAAGACUAACCUGACGGAGGAAGAGGAGCCAAGAUGAGCACGUUUGGUUGUAACAGACCCGUGUAUCUGAAGACGUACGGCCGACAAAUGCGCAAGGUGGAUCUGUGGUUCUCACCUGACCUGAGGAAGAAAGCCUUCUCCUUCUCCAGCACACCCUCGUCUGACCCGUCCAUCUCCGAGACCUCGCGUCCCGAAACACGGAAUAAAGUGAGCUCCGUACACGUGAAGCCUACAGUCCCUAAACAGCCACCAGGCGCACACGGAGCCCAAGCCAGCCGGAGAAAACCAGCCCCUCAGCACACAGUGAGAGUGAAGAAGAGGAGGAACAAGAAGCAGCAGCAGGUCCUCAGCAGCAGUGAGAACGAGGAUGAGUGCUGUAUCAUGAAGAAGAAGCGCUCGGAGGCCUGUAGCCCAGGCGUCCCCGAUGCGGCGGAGAGCAGAGAUAGGAAGAGAGAAUCAUCUGCUCCACUACCUCUGGGCCGAUUCGUCACCCGCCGCAGGAGAGCGCCGCCCAUCCAACCCGAGAAGCUCAAGAGAAGCGCGUAUACGGACUCAAAUGACCUGUGUGCAGUUCUUGACGGCUCUCUAAGUUCACUGGAGGACUUCGUUUCUCACGUCCCUUCGUUUCCCCGGUGUGUCACCCGGCGGAAGAGGCCCCCUGUCCCGGAGGAGUUUUGUCCAGAGAAUUCCGGUCGUAAGCGUUCAGCCUCUGUCCUCGGCAGCAGUCACGCCCGGUCCUGCUCGGUUUUACGCGAAGUCUCGUUGAACACCAGUGAGGAGCCGCAGAUGUCCUGUAAGCUUCCUCUGCUGAGUAGCACCCCGUCCCUGGUCUCCAGGCGAAACCUGCGCUACCUGGAGCCCUCGGUCAGCGAGAUCUCCUCCUUCAGCUGUGACGAGCUGGACAAGCCCCCUGCAGGAAACCCCAGCACCAGUGAGCUGAUGAAACCACGACGGCUCACGCGCUCGAGCUGUGCUCAGGAGAUGAAGACGGAGGAGCGUGCAGAAGGUGCUCCCCUGCAGACAAACCGGCGUGGACAGAGGACAGGGCACCCGGUGGGAGAGAAGAACGGAGAGUCUGAGCGGGAAGACAUGGCCUGUGAGGACGAUCAGACGAGUGCCAGUGUCAUAUUUGUUUCUGCUCAGACUCACCUGGACACUGAAUUGGAGCUGAGAGAGAGGUGUCGCUCGGUUAGUGCAGUCGUCCUGCUGGAGGAGGUGGACGUGACGGACGUCUUAUCCAGGCAAAGCCUUAGCAGGAACCCAGAAGAACAGGACGCGUACCCGCCCAGUUUGGAGACAGAGCUCUCGACAUCAGCCAGCAGAGCAGAAACAGGCAACAGCAACCAAACCUACGACGUCUCUGACCGCGUCCUGUCCAAUGUCUACCUCAGACCCCUCCGCAUCUCCACGUCUGCUUCAUCUUCCUCCUCUCUGUCUGUUCCUCCUCUGUCCUCUCCUCCUGCUCAUGAGUCUGGUGAUUUAGCUCAGGUGCUGAUUGAUCAUCUUAAGGUGGAGUGCUUGUCCUCUUGUCUCACCGUCUCCCUCCAGCCUCUGGACCACAGCCUCCUCCCCAGGUUCCAGCGAGCACCUCCGGAGACUCAGGCGGCCUCUCCUCCUUCUCCUCCUCCUCCGGAGACCAAAAGUGAUGACCAGGUCAUGAUGAGUGAUGAAGUCAUGAAGAGCCACUCGGGGAAUGCUGAAGAAGAGGAGUCGUUUGGGCGCGAGGGGCAGACGGCAGGGGUGGUUAGAUGUCUGUCCAACUUAUUUGGACCUCCUAUUUCCCCUGCCCCCGUCGUGGCUCCUAGUAAAGUGCGCACACAGGUGGCGCCGAAAGAGCGCAACGGCGCUGGGAUGGGCCGGAGAGCGUGCGUGAGUGGCCUGAGCGUCAGCCGCUGGUCGAAGAGAGAUAUAGGAGAGAGGAACAAAAGCCAAAGGAAGAAUGAGACCAGGACAAGAACAAAACCUGGAGACUGCUCUCUGAACUACCUGCUGCCUGCAGGGAUGAAGGAGGACUCUGCGUGCAGCAGGUUAAACGGAGGUGUCGGUCUGUCUGUGACCCCCAUCAGAGUGGAACAGCUGAACCUCUCCUCCAUUCUGGCCAACUUCUCUCCAGACAUGCUCACAACUCACAACUGGGGGCGAUUCAAAGCUGCGCUGUCUGUCCACAAAAAGAAGACAGCGUUCCCGACCCCGCAGCGGCUCGCUCUGUCCAAUCUGAUGACUCCGGGUGGGAUGGACGCCAGUCUGAGCUUGUUUAGAAGCCCACGGGACGGGUACACCCCAACGUCUAGACUCGCUCCCUCUCAGCUGCUCUGCUCCACCACGACGGACGCCUCUGUGGCCCCUGAUGGUGACGAUAUCAGUGAUGCUGAGAAGGUGUAUCAUGAGUGUCAGCAGGAUGGCCCCGUCUCGUUUGAAGACUGCAUUCCUCCAGAGCAAAUGAAACGCUGCUCCAAGAUCGGAGAGGGCACGUUCGGAGAGGUGUUCUCCACAGUCAACGGCUCCGGUCAGACCGUGGCUCUUAAAAUCAUUCCAGUAGAAGGCUCUCAGAAAGUCAACGGGGAGCCGCAAAAAACCUUUGGUGAAAUUCUUCAUGAAAUCAUCAUUUCAAAAGAGCUGAGCAGCCUGGACUCAAACGAGAACAACAGAACGAGUGGCUUCAUUGGGCUCAACAAUCUUCACUGUGUGCGGGGGUGUUAUCCCAGCGCUCUGCUCAAAGCCUGGGACAAAUUUGACCAAGAGAAGGAGUCUGAGAACGACAGGCCUGACUUCUUCGGUCAGGAGCAGCUCUUUGUGAUCCUGGAGUUCGAGUUUGGAGGGAGUGAUCUGGAGAACAUGAAAGGAAAGCUGUCCUCCAUGGCCCAGGCCAGAAGUGUUCUACACCAGGUGACUGCUGCGCUGGCUGUAGCUGAACAGGCUCUGUGCUUUGAACACAGGGACCUGCACUGGGGGAACAUCCUGGUGAAAACCACUAAGGAGAAGCACAACCACUUCAUCCUGAACGGCUCAGUUUACUCAGUGCAGACACGAGGAGUUCAUGUCAACAUCAUCGAUUACUCGCUGUCCCGGCUGGAGAUCGAUGGACUGACGGUGUCGUGUGACAUAGCGAAUGAUGAGGAGCUGUUCAUGGGUCAGGGAGACUAUCAGUUCGAGAUCUACCGUCUGAUGAAGAAGGAGAACAAUAACUGCUGGGGGGAGUAUAAUCCUCACUCCAACGUCCUUUGGCUGCACUAUCUGGUGGACAAGCUUUUGACGAUGAAGUACAAGACCAAAGUGCAGAGCAGCCAGCAGAAGGCGCUAAAGAGCAGCCUCAGGUCCUUCCAGUCAGAGAUCCUGAGCUACGGCUCAGCCACAGAGGCUCUCCUGCGCUGUAGGCUGUUUCAGUGAACACAGACUGUGAGCACGUCGGGCUCGUUUUAAUCUGUACAGUCAGACCUGUAAUUUUACUGUAAAUCCUUUUGUAAACUUCAGUUAUAAUGCAUUGUGGGAAAAAAAUAAAGAAAUAAAAAGCAGGAGAAUAAAUGAAACUA